UGUCUGACUGGACCUUCAAUAAGAAGAGCGCGUGGGAGGAUGAAGACGGUUAAGACAAGGAGAGAGAGAGAGCACACGCGCGCGCACGGAUACAGAGGUGACUGUGACGUCAAACCGGAGCCCAGCUGACUCCGCGCGGCUGCAGCACGCGCUUUAAACACCGAAGAAGAAGAAAGGGGGAGUGACGCUUCUUGUCCUCGCGCGUGGACGUUGUUUGUUGUUUUUUCUUUCCACGAGACGUUCUUCCUCGCGCGGUCUCAGGAUUGUGACGGAGGACGCAGACACCUCCUCUCCUCCUCCUCCUCUCUCCUCCUCCUCUCCUCCCUCCUUCCUUUCUUCCCGCCCUCCCUGUCUCACUCACUCCAGCCAGGUGUUGCAUUCAAGCUCGAGCCCCUCGUGUGGAUGGAGAGGCGCGAGGAGGACGGCUGAUCCGCGGAUUGUUGAGGAGCUCGCGCACUCGACACUGAGAGAACCUCUCGAGCGACAACAACAACAAGUUCGGAGUUUUUCCGGCUCCCGUUAACGGAUUUUUUUUCUUCAUCUUCACGGGAUUUUAUCCGACCGUGGCACGCGCACAUCACGAAAAGAAUGGCAAAGUAACCGGAACCAGCUGUGCCAACGCCGCGCGUGGAGGUUCGGUUUAAAAACACCAUCACUCUCCCGCCUUUGCACCAACCCCACGCGGACCCCUCACGCGGACCCCGGCUCUCCGUGACGCCGCCGCGGCACCCUGAUGGUGCGGACGGUCGGCGCACGGUGGCUCGCGCUGCUGCUGGGAUGAUGAUGAUGAUGAUGAAGAUGAUGAUGAUGGUGGUGGCGGGUAAUCCGGGAGAUGUUUUUCCUCUCGUGUCGGAUUUAUGCGCCGUUUCUUAAGUGGAAUCGUUCGCGUGACGAUGACCUCCAACCGAGAGAGAAGCACGCGCCCCCCGGUUCGAUGCGCACGAGAGGAGGACGUCGUCGUCGUCUCCCCCCCAAAAUCUCUGAGCUAACUCACAACCGGGAAGGAGAGGAUUAUCUGAACGGACACAACCGAUAGGACACGGACACCGCGCGGAUGGAGCUGUCCGAGGUCCGGUGCUCCAGCGCGAGCGAGGAGCUGUACACCAUCAACAAGACACCGAGCAGCAGCGGCGGCAGCGCGCGACCCAAACGGCUGCUGUGGCAGGACGCGGUGCGGCACAUCACCGAGCAGCGCUUCAUCCACGAGCAGGGCGGAGGAGGAGGCGGAGGAGGAGGAGGAGGAGGGGUGGUGGUGGGGAAGGGCACCGGGCCGGACGAGCCGUGCGACCCGAGCCAGGGCGCGCGGAAGCAGUCAGCGGGUCGGACGUCGGUUGGAGACCGGCACAACAACGGCGGGACUAAAGUGUUCCCGGAGCGCGCGAGCAGCGACCUGGGCUUCCUGCAGAUCGACUGCGCGCCCAGCAACUCGGACUUCUUCCUGAACUGGGGCUACACGUACCGGGGCGUCAUCUUCCCCACGCUGCGGAACGCCUUCAAGUCCCGAGACCUGGAGCGCCUCUACCAGCGCUACUUCCUGGGCCAGAGGCGCAAGUCGGUGGUGGUGAUGAACAUCCUGGACGUGGUGACCAAGCUCACCCUGCUGGUGCUGCACCUCACCCUGGCCUCCUCCCCGAUGGACCCGAUCAAAGGCACGCUGCUGGGCUUCUUCACGGGCAUCGAGGUGGUCAUCUGUGCCUUAGUGGUGGUGAGGAAGGACACCACGUCGCACAGCUACCUGCAGUACAGCGGCGUGGUCACCUGGGUGGCCAUGGCCACGCAGAUCCUGGCGGCCGGGCUGGGCUACGGGCUGCUGGGGGACGGGGUGGGCUACGUGCUCUUCACCCUGUUCGCCACCUACAGCAUGCUGCCGCUGCCGCUCACCUGGGCCAUCCUGGCCGGCCUGUUCACCUCCGGGCUGCACAUCCUGGUCCAGAUGCUCAUCUCACAGGGCGCACAGCUGUCCACCAACCAGGUAGCGGCUCAGGCCGUGUUGUUCAUGUGCAUGAACACCGCUGGGAUUUUCAUCAGUUACCUGUCGGACCGGGCUCAGCGUCAGGCCUUCCUGGAGACGAGGCGCUGCAUCGAGGCCCGGCUGCGACUCGAGACGGAGAACCAGAGACAGGAGAGACUGGUGUUAUCGGUCCUGCCACGUUUUGUAGUUUUGGAAAUGAUCAACGACAUGACAAAUGUAGAGGACGAACACCUCCAGCAUCAGUUUCACAGAAUCUAUAUCCACCGCUAUGAGAAUGUCAGCAUUCUUUUCGCAGAUGUUAAAGGCUUCACAAACCUCUCCACGACGCUGUCAGCGCAGGAGCUGGUGCGAAUGUUGAAUGAACUCUUUGCACGCUUCGACCGCCUCGCACAUGAGCACCACUGUCUACGAAUAAAGAUCUUGGGAGACUGUUACUACUGCGUAUCGGGUCUACCUGAGCCCAGACAGGACCACGCCCACUGCUGUGUGGAGAUGGGCCUCAGCAUGAUCAAAACCAUCAGAUAUGUGCGAUCACGUACGAAACACGACAUCGACAUGCGCAUUGGGAUCCACUCGGGCUCCGUGCUGUGCGGCGUGUUGGGACUCAGGAAGUGGCAGUUCGACGUCUGGUCCUGGGACGUGGACAUCGCCAACAAGCUGGAAUCUGGAGGGAUCCCGGGGAGGAUCCACAUCUCCAAAGCUGCUUUGGACUGUUUGAACAGUGACUACGAGGUGGAGGAAGGCCACGGGAAGGACCGCAACGACUUCCUCCGCCGCCACAACAUCGAGACGUAUCUUAUCAAGCAGCCGGAGGAGAGUCUGCUCACCCUGCCCGAGGACAUCAUGAAGGAGGCGGCUGGCUCGGUCGACCGCCGGACCGGCAGCGCCACCUUCAACGAGGCGUCCUGGAGCCCUGAGCUUCCCUUUGACAACAUUGUGGGGAAGCAGAACACUCUGGCUGCCCUAACGAGAAAUUCGAUAAAUCUGCUUCCAAACCAUCUCGCACAAGCUUUGCAUGUCCACUCUGGUCCUGAGGAAAUUAACAAGCGAAUAGAGAGCGCCAUCGACUUACGGAGUGGCGAUAAGUUGAGAAGAGAGCAUAUCAAGCCUUUCUCACUGAUGUUUAAAGACUCCAGCCUGGAAGAGAAGUACUCCCAGAUGAGGGACGAGGUGUUCAAGUCCAACCUGGUGUGCGCCUUCAUCGUGCUCAUCUUCAUCACCACGAUUCAAAGUCUGCUUCCCUCCGCCAGGAUGGUAACCAUGGUGAUCCAGUUCUCCGUCCUCAUCGUGCUCCAUUCCUGUCUGGUCCUAGUUACGACGGCGGAAGACUACAAGUGUCUCCCUCUGGUCCUGCGUAAAGCCUGCUGCUGGAUCAACGAGACGUACGCGGCGCGAAACGUCAUCGUCUUCGUCUCAAUCCUCAUCAACUUCCUGGCAGCCAUGAUCAACAUACUGUGGUGCGACUUCGACAAGUCCAGCACCUUCAGGAACCAGACGUACAACGAGUCGGCCUCCAUCCCAGACAUCUGCUUCUACCCAGAGUAUUUCGUGUUCACGGGUGUCCUGGCGAUGGUCACGUGUGCCGUGUUCCUGCGGCUGAACUCGGUGUUGAAGCUGGCGGUGCUGCUGGUGAUGAUCGCCAUCUACUCACUGCUGACCGAGGCCUUCUACACCUCGCUGUUUGUCCGCUACGACACCGUCCACCACAACACAGAAAACUUCCUGGGGACCAAAGAGACGUCUCUGCUCCUGAUGGCCAUGUUCCUCCUCGCUGUGUUUUAUCACGGCCAGCAGCUGGAGUACACGGCCCGGCUGGACUUCCUGUGGCGCGUCCAGGCCAAAGAGGAGAUCAACGAGAUGAAGGAUCUGCGAGAACACAACGAGAACAUGCUGAGGAACAUCCUGCCCAGCCACGUGGCCCGACACUUCCUGGAGAAGGACCGGGACAACGAGGAGCUCUACUCUCAGUCCUACGACUCCGUGGGCGUGAUGUUCGCGUCCAUCCCGGGCUUCGCCGACUUCUACUCCCAGACCGAGAUGAACAACCAGGGAGUCGAGUGUCUGAGGCUGCUCAACGAAAUUAUUGCAGACUUUGACCAGUUGCUCGAUGAGGAACGUUUCCAGGACAUCGAGAAGAUCAAGACGAUCGGCAGCACCUACAUGGCCGUCUCUGGACUGUCACCAGAGAAACAGCAAUGUGAAGAUAAAUGGGGUCACCUGUGCGCGUUGGCCGACUUCGCCAUCGCCCUCAACGAAAGCAUCCAGGAGAUCAACAAGCACUCGUUCAACAACUUCGAGCUGAGGAUCGGUAUGGCUCACGGCUCGGUGGUGGCGGGCGUGAUCGGUGCCAAGAAGCCUCAGUACGACAUCUGGGGGAAGACGGUGAACCUGGCCAGCCGGAUGGACAGCACGGGGGUCAGCGGCAAGAUCCAGGUCCCCGAGGACACGUACCUGAUCCUGAAGGAGCGCGGCUUCACCUUCGAGUACCGCGGCGAGAUCUACGUGAAGGGCAUCAGCGAACAGGAGGGGAAGAUCCGAACGCACUUCCUGCUGAGCCGCUCGCAAUCCAACCGGCUCAUCAUGCAGCAAGAACCGCCGCGCAAGGUCCCCGGCCAGUACUCGCUGGCCACCGUGGUGCUCGGCCUGGUGCAGUCGCUCAACAGGCAGAAGCAGAAGCAGAUCCUCAACGAGAACAACAACUCGGGCAUCAUGAAGGGCCACCACCACUACAACCGGAGGACGUUGUUAGCGCCCGGUGGCUCCGAGGUUGGAGGUGGGCAUCACACGGAAGCAGCUGAUAAGACUGAGCUGUCCUGAAGAGCCGACCGGAGCUUCAGGUCGGUCUGCACAGGUUCCUCAGAGCGAGAGCUCAUCAGGCGGGAAUCAUCCCAGUGGUUGAGUUACACCUCAGUGUGCGUCUGAUGUCACAUUAGGAACAACUUUAUCAUUCCAGUCCUGAAAGCGCUGCUCGCUUCCAGACUUCUUAGGCCAGUCAGGGCUUAAUAACGGGGACGUCAUGUUCCUGCAGCAGAAAAGUGUGGACGACGCUGACGGAUGAACACGUUCGUCACCAGUACGAGGUCUCAACAAACCUCUUAGACCUUCUGACCUCCCGUAAAGACAGAAACCGCAGAGUCGAAGCUCCAAAGCUCAAAGUUCAUUUCACACAGCUCACAUUGUGAAACCUAUAGGGCUCAAAUAUUCUCAUGCAGUUUGUUUUGAUUAGU